GAAUUUAAUCAUUUCUCCGUACUCCGCAUAUUACGAGUACUAACGCCCCAUACAGCUCGUGGGAUAAUCAAGUCAACUUUCCAGUUUCCACCAAAUCUCACAAAUUUUCCAACCACACAGCUUAAAACAAUUUCUGGGUUUCGAUCUUGAUCCUCAGAGCUCAAAUGGGUCGGAAGCCGAACGACUCCGGACCCACCAAAUGGGCUUCAAUGGCUCUCCUCGUCAUGGGGUUGAUUUCCUGCAUUGUGGUCUAUACUUUCAUGUCAGCUGCUCUAAGCCCAACGGGCAGCGAAAAGAUUGAGUCUUUGGAGUCGGAUAGCGCGGAUGAAGGUGAAAGGAGUGAUGGGUGUUGCAGAGGGAUUGAGAAUUUGGAGCUUUGGGGGCCUGCUGUGAAGUGGGGUGCCGAUUUUAAGCUCAAUUCUUCUGAGGAGUGCUGCAAAGCUUGCAAGGCUAUGUGUAGCGCCAAUUCUGGGGCUUGCUUGUGUGAUACCUGGGUGUUCUGUGGAAACAGAGAAGCUUGUGGUUCCAAAUUUGGUGAGUGCUGGCUGAAGAAGCAGAAAGAUAUCUUCACGCCUGAUCGUCAGGAAGCAGGAAACAAAGUCAUGUGGACCUCCGGCAUUAUUUUUGGGGGAGGAGAGGGUAUUGUUGCCUUGGAAACAGAGCAUGGUUCUAUUCGAGUAAAGCUUUUGCCUGAAUGCUCUCCACGCUCGAUUGUCUACAUACUAGACUUGCUAGCUUCACGCCACUGUGCAGGCUGCCAAUUUCAUCGUGCAGAAAGUAGGGGGGAAGCUUGGGAUUCACAAGGAAAUCACGUCAAAGAUGCUUCCUUCGGUCCUCCAUAUGCUCUAGUCCAAGGAACUCUCGAGGCCCAGGGCGUGACAUUCAACAACAUUCCCGCUGAAUUCUGCCCGACCAUAAGCCGGGGUUCAGUGGCAUGGAUCGGCUCAGGCCCCGAGUUCUUUAUCAGCUUAGCAAACCAUGAAGAGUGGAGACAUACAUAUACUGUCUUCGGUUCUGUGCUGGCAGAAGACAUGGAGAUCGUGGAGAAAAUCGCCCAGCUCCCGACUAAGCCCGACGAUUGGAGUGGAGUUAGCGUGUCAGUCUUGGAGAAGCCGGUUCCCCUAAGGAUUCGACGAAUCAAGCGCAGUGGUUGAUAGUUGAGACCUAAAGCAAACCACACCCUCUGAUCCAACUUGAAAUUUGAAACCAAGCAAUUGACAUUUUGCUGCAACUUUGUACAUUGAGGUUAUAGUUUCUUUUUCCCCCCUUAACAUGUUCUUGUCACUUUUGUAAUUUUGUUUGUCUUAAAAUGUUUAGCAGAACUGUGCAAAGAAAAAGAGUUAAAAAUUUCAAUUUAGUUUCUUAAGGAAUUUCUGUUUUGCA